CCUCGGCGCUUGUCCCGUCCGGGUCGCCGUCGGCGGGGGGCGGCCGUGGCCGCGCAGGGGUUCCGGGAGCUCCGGUAGCUCCGGUCCCGUUUGUCCCUUCCCCCGUCAGCGCUGCUCCGGUUUCACCCCGCUUGGCAGCCCCGGACCCUCUGUCGCCUUCAGCUCCUCGCCGCCCCCCCCGGGGGCUCCGCCAUGGCAAUGACGGGCCCCACGCCGUGCUCCUCCAUGAGUAACCACACCAAGGAGCGAGUUACAAUGACAAAGGUGACGUUGGAAAACUUCUACAGCAACCUCAUUGCGCAGCAUGAAGAACGAGAGAUGAGACAAAAGAAGCUAGAACAAAUGAUGGAAGAAGAAGGCUUAAAAGAUGAAGAGAAAAGAAUCAGGAGAUCAGCACAUGCACAAAAGGAAACAGAGUUUCUUCGCUUAAAGAGAACAAGGCUUGGCUUGGAAGACUUUGAGUCUUUAAAAGUCAUAGGCAGAGGAGCAUUUGGAGAGGUGCGACUGGUCCAGAAGAAGGACACAGGGCAUGUUUAUGCAAUGAAGAUACUACGGAAGGCUGAUAUGCUUGAGAAAGAGCAGGUUGGCCAUAUUCGUGCAGAGCGGGACAUUCUGGUGGAGGCCGACAGUCUGUGGGUUGUGAAGAUGUUUUAUAGUUUCCAGGACAAGCUAAACCUUUACCUUAUCAUGGAGUUCCUGCCUGGAGGUGACAUGAUGACAUUAUUGAUGAAAAAAGACACUCUAACAGAAGAAGAGACCCAGUUCUACAUAGCUGAGACCGUGCUGGCCAUUGAUUCUAUUCAUCAGCUGGGUUUUAUCCAUCGGGACAUAAAACCAGACAACCUUCUUCUGGACAGCAAGGGCCAUGUGAAACUCUCAGAUUUUGGUCUCUGUACUGGCCUAAAGAAAGCCCACAGAACAGAAUUCUACAGGAACCUGAACCACAGUCUUCCCAGUGACUUCACUUUCCAGAACAUGAAUUCCAAAAGGAAAGCAGAGACUUGGAAGAGAAAUAGACGGCAGUUGGCUUUCUCUACUGUGGGAACUCCAGAUUACAUUGCUCCUGAGGUUUUCAUGCAGACUGGCUACAACAAGCUCUGUGACUGGUGGUCGCUUGGAGUCAUCAUGUACGAGAUGCUCAUUGGUUAUCCACCAUUCUGCUCUGAGACUCCUCAAGAAACAUACAAGAAAGUCAUGAACUGGAAGGAGACUCUGACAUUUCCUCCAGAAGUUCCCAUAUCUGAUAAAGCCAAGGAUCUUAUUUUAAGAUUUUGCUGUGAAUGGGAGCACAGAAUUGGUGCAUCUGGUGUGGAGGAAAUAAAGAGUAACCCAUUCUUUGAAGGGGUUGAUUGGGAGCAUAUCAGAGAGAGACCUGCUGUGAUUUCCAUAGAAAUUAAAAGCAUUGAUGAUACCUCAAACUUUGAUGAAUUUCCAGAAUCUGAUAUCCUUAAACCAACAGUGGCCACCAGCAACCACCCAGAGACUGACUACAAGAACAAGGACUGGGUUUUUAUCAACUACACCUACAAGCGAUUUGAAGGUCUGACAGCCCGAGGAGCGAUCCCAUCCUACAUGAAGGCAGGAAAGUAAUAAAUCAUUACCUGGGACAACUUCUGAGCCAUGGAAUUCUGCUCCUGUGCUUUGGGUUUAGACUCCCACAAGAACCACUUCCUUUUUUUAAUGAGAACUUGAGGGCUAUUAACUCUCGGAGAAGACUUCAGGACCCUGUUUUGUUACACACCCUGGUUGUUACUAAGGCCUUUUUCUACAUCACUGAAUGUUUGUGUCAUCUCUGCUACCAGCACGUUUUGCUGCUUCAGGAGCACGAGUUUAUUGUCUUGUUGAACUCCUUGCCAGUUGUAGUCUGUUGGGAGAGCACCCCUUCCCUUGGACGUGCAAAGCUCUUCAUAGGGACUGCUUUGCCAGUCCUGCAUGAAGUGACAAACUCAGCCUGCCAAUUCUGCCAGCGCUGUCUUCCCUAGUGGCAAAGGACUUCAGUACAGAGGAAACAAAGCAAUAAUGAAAGCUUGAGACAGAAAACUCUCCAGUAAACUAGAUGUGUAGUAGGACACAACUUGGAUUGCCUUAACCUUAGUUUGUAGUGCUGGUUUUUACUUGGAAGCCUCUCUAAUGGCAUUUCUCAACUCUGGCGCAGCAGCCUCCAGUUGCAGUGCACUUUACUUUUGGUACUAAGACAGGAUUUGACCCUCAAGCCAUUUCAUGUUUUUGUUCUAAAGUAAUAAUUGUGCAACACUUUGUUUUCCUAGACAGUCUUAGGAGAAAUGGGCCAGUUCCUCAGCAUGCACCAACAGUUUUCACUUACUGUAUGCAAGGCUGCAGAUAAUGCAAACUACAGCUGGUAACCCAAGUAGAUCUGGACUUAGUGCAGAGAGGAAAGGAAAUACAUUUAACCUGAGCCUUGGUGGGGAUCUUGUGCACAGCCUGGUCAGCUGGGAGGCUUCCCAGUCCUGCUGCUGCCAUCUUUUGGCCAUUUCUAAGAUCUGCUGCUUCUUCACUGGGUUAAGGACAAGCCCGUUUCUUUGUGGCCUUUCUGCUCUUGCUUUUGAGCAAACAGCAUCAGAUUCGUCCAUGAGUUCUGCUGGUGGAGGCCUCCCUGGCUUCUCCUUAAGGAGUUUGUCUUUCUGUGUGGCUGAACCAUCAGUCCCUGUGGUCUUCCAAAGAGACAGUGAUCAUGGGCUCAGUGUUGGGGCAGUAGAACCCACUUUUCCCCUCUUUUCCUCUCUUUAUCUUAUUGCCUGGUGUCAUUUCUACAAGUACAUUCAGUUAUGGUCAGGUUGCUCUCCAGGAGAGCUGGAAAGUGCCUUUCCUUGCCUGGGCAUCUCAGAACAUGCCUGCAGUUUGGGAGGGAGGAUUCUGCCUCAGCUGAGCUUUUGCUAAUCCCUUUUUGCUCCACUUUGCACCUAUUUUGUAGUUAACUCUGCAAAAUGCCUCUGGUUAAUGGCUCCAGGGGCAGGAGGCAUUAACCUUUGGGCCUGCCUGGUUCCAGUCUUUAACUCACAAUUAGGACUACAAAUACAUGUAUAAAUGUAAGGUUUCUAAAAGCUUGUAUCAAUUUGAAUUGUCUUGGAUUCUUGCAGACUUCCUGGUGCUGAACACUUAACUGCAUAGCACAGACAAAGCUGUUUAGAAACAAAGCCAGAGCAGUGUUUCAAAGUCAAAGGAAGCUCUCAAUUAUAUUUAAGCCUAAUAUUCUAGAUUAGGACAUGAAAGAAAAUGAGUUUGUUGUGAAACUUGUUUUAAUAGGUGCUUUUUAGGGAAUUUUUACCUAGAUGUCUUUUGAAUUGAGUGCCAUUGUGAAGGACUGAUUGGGGGAUUGGAGUGCUGUAUAUAGCUAACAGUGGGUGAUAGCUGCUUAGCAUCCUUCCCCUGACCACUCCUUGUGCUUUUUGUAUGUGUCCUAGGAGUUGCCAUAAGCAGUGUAGAUACCACUUGGAUCCUACAAAGCUGAAAUGCAAACAUAGCCUUAAGCAGAAGUCCCAGGAUCACUGCAGUGAGCAGGGCUUACUCCAAUGAAUAAGGGCUAACUGAAGCUAUGAUUUACAGGGUCAGGAUUUUCAUCGGCUAGCAUCUUCUGCUCCCUUUUCCCUUUUUAUGGAGGACCGAUUCCUGCUUCUCAGCUUGCUCCAUCUCCUCCUUAUCCUGCAGUUUGUUUCAAGCCGUGUGAAAAUGUUGCCUUACAAAACCAUUGGAAAACUAUGAGGUGUUAAUAUCAAACCAGUCUGAAAACUUCCUAAUGGCUUAGUUACUGCCUUAAUAAUUAAAACCUCCAAGGCCUUUCAAGCUGCUGUGGCUUAGGAAUACAUGAUUUUUGGGAUAGUAGCUGCAUUAUUAGCCCUUCACUGAAAGGGACUGGCAUUUUUAUUUCUAAAUACCAAAGAUGAAGUGAAGCAACUCAAACUUGUGAUAAUUUGCUGUAAAACCAACCCUUUAUGGUAACAUGGACUGUGCAUUUUUAGUGCAUGUGUGUUCGGAAUCCUUUGGUUGUUACUUUUUGAGUUAAAAGUCACGUUUUCCAAAGGCACAAGGAGCAGUUGUCACACUCACUCCUGUUGUAUUAUGGUUGUGUUGUGAGCCUGCUUCCUCCCACAGCUGAGACAAGAAGUACAGCAUCUUCUUCCCAGGAUCCAGCUUUCAUUUCAUUUUCAGAUGAACAUUUUACUGUGCCCUGUUCCAUGUUAGCCAAACAUUUUCCUUAGCUCCUAGCUUGUGUAUUGAGGUUGUGUGUAUCUCCUAGCUCUGGUUUUUAGUUAAGCUGCAAGCAGUUGCUGGACUUGUAGGAGUAAUUCCAGUCUGAAUUUCCAGUGGAUCUGAACAUGAGUGAUGCUGCCUUCAUCUCCGUAUCAUGCCUAGCACAAAACUGCACUAAGUGUUUCUUACCACUGUGCACUGACUCUGCCUUAACUUGUAAGUCAAAACAAGCAUCUGUAAAUACUUCAAAGCUGUUACAAAACUGCACUGUACAAUGGGGCAGGGGGAGUGGGGGUUGCUUUUUAUGGGACGAUCUUUGCAUUGUGUUGUGUAAAUAAAAUCCUCUUAGGAAA